AGUCUAACACAUGGAGAGAUUUCACGGUCUGGCAUAUAUAAGAUCCCGCCUCACGCAGCUUAGGGUUUCUUCCCGGGCGCUGGCGGCGGAGUAGGGUUUCACCUGCAUCCAUUCUCAACGUUAGCAGGAGCGAGUGGGAGUCCGGCCAUGGCGCCGUCGCAGCCCAAGUCAGGGCUCUUCGUGGGCAUCAACAAGGGCCACGUCGUCACCAAGCGCGAGCUGCCGCCACGCCCGUCCGACCGCAAGGGGAAAGGUACCAAGAGGGUGCAUUUUGUCAGGAACUUGAUUAGGGAGGUUGCUGGAUUCGCUCCCUAUGAGAAACGUAUCACUGAGCUUCUUAAGGUUGGAAAGGACAAGCGUGCACUCAAGGUCGCCAAGAGAAAGCUUGGUACUCACAAGAGAGCAAAGAAGAAGAGAGAGGAGAUGUCAAGUGUCCUUAGGAAGAUGAGGUCUGCUGGUGGUGGUGGUGCUGGUGACAAGAAGAAAUAGAGCGUGGCUAGUUGGUGAAUUUUAUCCGAAAACUCGGUCCUGUAUUACCAGUCCGUACCUAUAGAGCUAUGGCCAUUGUGUUGGAUUUUGGAACUAUUAAAUUUGACGCUCUUAAGCCCGUGGUUUCUAUUCUGAGAAGACCAAUCUUUUUAAGAUUUUUAGUUUGGUGCCUUUGUUUUAUUAUUACUUGCUUUGUUUGAUUACUUGGCACAAAGCUGUUUAUUGCAAUUAUGUAGCGUGUCUGGGUUUUGUACCUGCGAUUGUUGUAUGUUUUCAGUAGGUGAAUUGCUAUAAGAAGCCCUGCCACGGUGUGGUCUUGGAUCCCA